UACUUGGAAGUCACUACCAGUCACGGAUAUCCAGUUCAUCAUGCGCUUCGCUCUACUUGCUGUUCUCCUCAUCGGAGUGAUCUUCACCAUUGUGUCCGCCGGCGGAGGCGGAGGUGGCCAAGGAGGUUGGCAGAAGAAUGGCGGAGGAGGAGGUGGUGGAGGCCAAGGAGGAUGGCAGAAGAAUGGCGGAGGAGGCGGCGGUGGUGGCCAAGGAGGCUGGCAAAAGGGCGGCGGUGGCGGCGGAGGUGGCAAGCAUGGAGGUGGAAAUGGUGGUGGUGGCAAGCACGGAGGCGGCGGUGGAGGUGGUGGCAAGCACGGAGGCGGCGGUGGCGGUGGAGGAAAGCACGGAGGCGGCGGCUGGUAAAUACCAAAGAUCCCCAAGCGAACCACCGAAAAUACUCCAGCUACUACUAUUUAGGACCUGGUUCAAAGAGAGUUCUUUGGCAGCGUUGUCCUCCUAAAAGCAAUACCUAUCUCUCCUCUCUUCUGUACUCAAUUGCUUAACUAUGUGUUUUCAUUACUUCCUUGUUUAAUU